AUUCUAUAGGCUAUACAAUAUUGUGUGUUGCGCAGAUGUGUGCAUUAUUAUACUGUAAUAAACAGAAUCAAGAUGAUUAAAAAUUCCUGAGCGCAUGUACAGGCGGAAAUCCCGCAUCACCAUCAUCAUCUCUCGCUCUUGUAUUUUUUUCCCCGGCACUUUUACUUUAUUCCCGCGUCAAUAAUCCUUCAGGACACCGACCUACGCGGAAGGACUCGAAAUCCGCCUUGAAUCGCGUCGUUUUAGAGGUUUGGUAGCGACGAGGAACAGACAGCGCGCGGAGAGGGGAGGGAUGAGUCAAUGCAACUAAUAAUUUAAUGGGGACAGAGCGAGAGAGAGAGAGAAAGAGAGAGAGAGGGGAGGGAGAGAGAGACACACACACACACACACACACACACACAGAGAGAGAGAGAGAGAGAACAGAACAGAAGGGAAACAGAAAGAAAAGGACCGUACGCGAAUUGUUUGAAUGUAACAAAUGGAACCAGCGCGAGAUACAAUGUAGCGCUGAUUAAAGGCAGGAAUGCGCGGAAUGCUUUGAUGUUGCGUUCGACGUUCGAAAGUGUAUCGCGGACUUUUAAAGCUGUUUUUGGGCAUCCGCAUAUCGGCUUGAGAUGAGAAGGCAGAUCGCCGUGGCUUCGGUGCUGUUGUUCGGACAGAUGAGAGGCGAUUUAUGUGCAUUUUGUUUUCACAUAGGCUCGUUGUGUUGACGCAGAAUGGGAUAUGUCGGGAACGCGGACGGUUACUUUUAUUUUUGACGGUUAUUUUGAGCACAGAACGGACGAUCGUCCCGGUGGAUGUACCUCCGUGGUCGCCAAUAAACUCUAUUGAACUCUAUAGACUUUUUGGAGGUCGCUGCAAAAAAAUUUUCAUUUCAUGCAUCUACAUUUUUCUUUAGAUUUCUUUAGAUUUUAAGUAAUAGAAAUAGACAUUGCUGUGGAUAGAGAGUUCUAAGUUUAUCAUAUGCUGAAAUGAAUGACUCAAUCUGCAAUAUAUAACGUCUUGCUAUGGAAGAUAUGGAAGUUUCGUAUGUUUUAGAAUAGAAUAGUUGUCAUUUUUUCAUCACUGGAGGAGUGUUGACACAAGACUGAUAUUGGAGUGAAUCAAAGUGAAGUUUUACCUCCUCCUGCCAAAACUUGAAGGCGCUGUUCAACUAGAACUCCUUAUUUGCACGUCUUAAAGUGGUGACCGUGAGUAGUGGCGCUGAGAACCAUGGAGCAUCUCAGCGAGUCAUGCCUGGGGAAGGAGAACUGUGAGAUGGUCAAUAAUAUGAAUGACACCAAGGCCCCUCCAGCCAAGCUGGCCCGCCUUGAACAGAAUGGAAGCCCGCUGGGAAGGUCUCGACUAGGCAGCACUGGAGCUAAACUUUCCGGAGUGCCCUUCAAACCCCCAGGACAUCACCUGAAGGCCUGUCACAAGAGGGGUAACAUGCUGCCUGUGUUUUGCAUAGUGGAGCAUUACGAGAGCCCCAUCGAGUUCGACAGCAAAGAGGAACAUGCUGAAUUCGUGCUGGUCCGAAAGGACAUGCUUUUUAAUCAGUUGAUUGAGAUGGCCCUGCUCUCGCUGGGUUACUCGCACAGUUCUGCUGCACAGGCUAAAGGUUUGAUUCAGGUGGGCAAGUGGAACCCCGUGCCUCUCUCCUAUGUGACGGAUGCGCCCGACGCCACAGUGGCAGACAUGUUACAGGAUGUGUACCAUGUGGUCACGCUGAAAAUCCAGCUUCACAGUUGUCCUAAACUGGAAGAUCUUCCGCCUGAGCAGUGGACCCACUCUACAGUAAGAAAUGCCCUCAAGGAGUUACUCAAAGACAUGAACCAGAGCUCUCUGGCUAAAGAAUGUCCUUUAUCACAGAGUAUGAUUUCUUCAAUUGUUAACAGCACUUACUAUGCAAAUGUUUCUGCGGCGAAGUGUCAAGAAUUUGGACGCUGGUAUAAACAUUUCAAGAAGACAAAAGACAUGAUAGUCGUGCGCCAGCCCUCCCAGCUGGAGGGAUACCUGGGGUCGUGUGUCCUGCACGACAGUCCACGUGCCACCACAUUAGCCGAGAUGGACGGCCUCUCUGAUCUUUCUCCACCCGGAACCAACCACCUCAGCUUCAGCCAGCAGCCCAUUCCGGGCAGCACCGCGGAGCAGCCCCCAUCCCCGGUUCCCCUGUCCCACAGCAGUCAGGCCCCUGGAAGGGCUCAGCUCCCCGGUCUCCAUCCCGGCCUUGUGUCCACGCCUAUCAGCCCUCAACUGGUGAACCAGCAGAUCGUCAUGGCUCAGAUCCUUAACCAGCAGUAUGCCGUUAACCGCCUCCUUGCUCAGCAGUCGCUGAGUCAGCAGUACCUAAACCACCCGCCUGUCAACCGUGCGCUCAACAAACCGCUCGACGCGCAGGUGUCAUCCAACUCCGAGGUCUCCUCUGAGAUCUACCAGUGGGUGAGGGAUGAGCUGAAGAGGGCGGGCAUCUCGCAAGCAGUAUUUGCCCGGGUCGCCUUCAACAGGACGCAGGGUCUUCUGUCUGAGAUUCUCAGAAAAGAGGAAGACCCCAAGACAGCAUCUCAGUCUCUCCUCGUCAACCUACGAGCGAUGCAGAACUUCCUGCAGCUUCCUGAGGUGGAGCGAGAUCGCAUCUACCAGGACGAGAGGGAGCGUAGCUUGACCGCGGCCUCUGCAAUGGGGCCCGCACCCCUCAUUAGCACCCCUCCCAGUCGCCCUGUCCAGCCCAGAAGAGAAGAGUGUAACAAUGUGAGACCUGAGGACUGGAAUCCAAGAAUUCCUGUGGGCAUCUCUCCUGUGAAGCCAAGCCCUCUGUCCUCCGAGUGGAACGGGAAGUCUGAGAACUGUGUGUUAAACAUCAACUCGUCCAUCUAUGAUGAAAUCCAGCAGGAGAUGAAGAGAGCCAAAGUGUCCCAGGCCAUGUUUGCCAAGGUCGCAGCAUCAAAGAGCCAGGGCUGGCUUUGUGAACUCCUGCGCUGGAAGGAAGACCCGUCCCCGGAGAACCGCACACUCUGGGAGAACCUUUCUAUGAUCCGCCGGUUUCUCAGUCUGUCCCAAUCAGAACGGGACAUCAUAUACGAGCAGGAGAGCAAUGGAGGCCAGCAGCAUCAUGCCGACAGACCCGCUCACAUGCUGCACAUGCCCACAGACCCCCUACAGGCUCAUCAACAGCCGUCCUCUCAACUCCAGGUGCCCCUGCCCUUGCCGCACCCCUCCCAGCCGCCUCUGUCCCAGCAGCCCUUACAACAGCAACAACAGCAGCAGAUGGGACCGCGGCUCCCCCCGCGACAGCCCUCUACGGCUUCACCCGCCGAGUCUGAGGACGACAACCGCUGCAAGAGUCGCCAGGGCAACCGCAUCUCCAUGGAGGCACUGGGCAUCCUGCAGAGCUUCAUCCAGGACGUGGGGCUUUAUCCGGACGAGGAGGCCAUCCACACCCUCUCGGCCCAGCUGGACCUGCCCAAACACACCAUCAUCAAGUUCUUCCAAAACCAGCGCUUCUAUAUCAAUCAUGCCGGCAAGCUGAAAGAAGCAACCUUCGGGUUCCCCUCCAACAACAACAGCAACAACAACAAAGACGAGGGCCUGACAGACUUGAAUGAGGGUGGGUUGUUAACGGAGCUUGACGAUAGCGUCCAGACCAACAGCACAAUGUUCUCCAUCAAAAUUGAAGAGCACCUGGCAUCCGAAACGCACGCCCAGGGCCAGGCCCAAACUGAGCAGGAGGCUAAAGAGUGACGGUGACCUCGCGGAUGUCUUUGUUUGCAUUGAAAUCUUAUUCUCAUACCUCUGCCGUUCUCGCUGUCUGUGUUCCAUGGGCGAAACUGUAAGACUUUUAACAUGAGACUGAAUAAUGCAGAGGUGAUUAACUUUCACAGUUUUGUAAAGUGUGUAUGAUUUCACUGUAAAGACUCGUGCAUUAUUUCAAUAAUCUGCACAACUAAACAAAAUCUUAAAAAAAAAAAAAAAAACAAUUUUAAAUUAAUCUUAAAGGGAUAGUUCACCCCAAAAAAUUAUUCUGUCAUUAUUGACUCACCCUCAUGUGGUUCCAAACCAGUAUGCCUCUCUCACAUGGAAAGAAGGUUCAUUUCUGAAGAAUAUCUUGCCCCAAGUCACCAUUUAUAUCCAUAUAAUGAAAGUGAAUGGAGACUGAGGCUGUCAAGCUCCAACAUGUUAAAAAUGUAAUAUGUAUAAAGAGAUUUUCUGUGUUGAACGACAUUAAUUUGGGUUUCUUUGUCAUAUAAAGCUAUCAAAUGGCUUCAGAAGACUUGAAAUGCAAGAGUCAUAUGGGCUACAUUUAUUAUACUUUUUAGAGCUUUUCUUGUUGUUUCGAAGCUUUAAAGCCCCAGUCCUCACUCCCUUUCAUUAUACACUGCAAACAUUAUUGUCUUACUCAGUAUUUUUGUCUUGUUUUCCAGUGAAAGAAUCUAUACAUCCUGAAAGCAAGAUGAAUUUACUUGAAAAGCAAAAUGGCACAAGAUAUUAGGACUUGUUUUCAGAGUAAUCUGACCACAUUUGGUGCAAUUCAUGCUUUACACAAGUAAAAACCAUUCGCCAAUGGGGUAAGAAAAAUGUGCUUAAUUUGAAAGGAAAGCAAGCUUUUUUUUUCUGACCCCAUUGCCGAUUUUCUUUUUUUAUCUCUGAAAAUAAGAGUCAAUACGUCAUUUUGCAAAUCAAGUAAAAGUAUCUUGUUUUAAGUAUGUUUAGGUGUCUUUGCAUACUGAUAAGUAAGUGAUUUUUUGCAGUGUAUGGCCUGAGUGGCCGAGAUAUUUAUUUAAAAAAAAAAAUCAUCUUUUUGUUGCAUGGAAGAAAAAAGUCAUACGUGUUUUCAAGUCAAACGUGAGUGUUAGUAAAUAAUUCCGGAAUUUUCAUUGAUUGGGUGAACUAUUUCUUUAAGUCAACAGUAUGUUGCUGUGGAUAUUUGCCGACUGCCCUUGUUGUCUGUUUUUACACUGAUUUCGAACUACUGAUUUUAAAAAAGGAAUAGUCAGCGGAGUUUGAUAGACUUUGAUGUUUACGUAUGUGAUGGUAACUGGAUCAUUUUAAAUGCAUGAUAUUGGAGAAAAGGGGUAGACAAAGGCCUUAAUGAUGAGGUACUGGGUCGAAGCACUGCUGGCUUAUGAGUCAUUCUCUUUGAAAUAAAAAGAAGAAUCGCUCCGUCUCUGAAUCCUUUCGACCUGCUGGUAAACCGGUGAAAACGGCUCAAUCUUAUUAUUUGGUUUGAAGAAUUAUAAAUAUAUAUAUAGACAUAUAUUAAUUGUAAAAAAAGAUAUAUACAGUCUUAAACUAUGCCAACGAAUGCCUUGUACUAUAUACUGUAUGGCACUGCCGAUGUUAGAUUAUUUAGCAAAACUUUGGUCACUGUAAAAUCCUGGAUUUCCACAGUUUGAAAUGUGAAUCACAACCUCGUUUUCAGCAUCGUCUCGGCAUCGUCCGGCAUUAUUUAUUUUUCGGUUCACGCCGCGUUCUGACGUAGUCAUGUUUUCCGAACAUUUUACCGCCACCUGACGCUUUUCGUUUUACUGAUCUUUUUCUAUUUAUAAAUGUCGUUUUGAUGGGCAGUAAAAUCAGAAAGUGUCUUAAGCGUUUUAAAUUGAAAAUGUGCUUUAACAGUUGCCUAAAAAAAGUGCUGUGUGUCGAGCAACUCAAGCGAGCUUCACAAUUAAUGUUGUAUGCAAUUUUUACCAUCAUGCAAAUAAGCGUAGGUAAAACGACUAACCUAUAGAUCACCUUAGAGAUGAAAACAUAUGCAAUUGGUGUGAAAUUGAUGUUUUCAAUGUGUCUUCCUUUGGUUAAUGAUCCAAUUCCUGUAUAAAUAUGAUGUAUAAAAAAAAGUGUUUCUUUUUUAUGAGUUUAUCGCAAUGAGAACACCAGUUAUUUUGUUACGACUGACUGUUUUAUAAGUGUUUCUCUGUUUCUUUAUGCAGAAAUGUUCUAACUAGGAGUGGUUGCUGAUUGUUAAUGACACAAUUAAACCGUUUGUAUUGUACUUCUGAAUCUUUGCGUUAAUGUGACGAUGCAUUAAAGAUAUCCACAGCACAGGCUGAAUUUAAAAAGCUAGCCGAGACGUUCUUGUUGGUCUUUCCAGUAUUAUAUAAGGAAUACCCUCCUGGGGGGGUGGGGCUGGAUAAAGUCAUAUUAAAGGUGUGUUUGAGGGUAAAUAGAUGGCAGGUGUUAAUGCUUUGUUAAUAAGAUGAUCUGCAGGGAUUGGAGGUGUAAAUCUGUGAAGGUGUGUUGACUUCUCAGUGAACUCCAGGUGAAGAGCUGCAUAUGGAAAACUACCUUGCAGAUAUGGAGAACCAUCCACAUGGAGGUAAAACAUCAGUGACCUCACAGAUGUAAUCACAGAUUCCUUUUUCCCUAAACACAUAAGCACAUCACAAAUGUUUUGUUGUAUUUGCAGACAUUGUUAGGGAUGAUUAAUGAAAAGAUCUUAAUAUACUGUAUUCUUUCAAGAGCAAACAAUUACAGCUGACUUGAAGAGGAGGAUAUAAGCACGAUUUUAAAAAAUGCAAAUCAAGGAUUGCUCUAAACUGUUUAAUAUACUCUUGUGCAUAUGUAUUUAUAUGUAUAAUGAAAAGCCAUUGCUUUGGCAAAACAAAUGAAACAAACUUUGUAUAUGCAUAUACAUGAGGCAGGAGAUAGGAUACAUGCAAGUCUGUACAUAACUGUAAUAUAUAUGAAAGCGAAAUGCAUAACUGCAGGUCUGCAGAUUGUUUGCUAAAUAAAACACAAUUUUUUCUUGUCAAACAGACAGCAGUUUAGCAAAUGGGGGCCUAACUUGGAAGGUUUUUGUUUAUUUAAAGGUUUUUGACGUUUACUAUUUUAAUGUGUACACUAACAGGUAUCACAGUUUCAUGAAAAUGUUAAAUAAAGUUCCUUGUACCAUGGAGGCCCCUGAGUGAAAUGUAUUCCAA